GGCGCCCACUGCGAAGCAGCGCGGCGCGGAGCGCGGCCACACGGGCGGUCAUGCCGGGGAUCCUGGUUCCCGCGCUCUCUUUGCUGCUGGCUCCGCUGCUGCUGGACUCUGCAAGCUGCGCGGAGCUGACCUGGAAGUCUCUUCUUGGCCACUGUCCUUUCUAAGGAAUUCACCUUCCAGUGCCCACCUGCACAGAGCUGGUGGGGACGCUUCAGGAGCAAGAGGAAAUGGCACUCUUCCGGCAACUGUCCCUGGGCUCUAAAGCUGCCCUGGCUGCUGUCACUGUCUUCGUUUCCCUGAUCCUUUCCCGCUCCUAUCUGGCAGAGAGCCUUGAGCUUAGGGCCUGGCGGUGGCUCUUUCGCCUGCAGCUUGCCUUUUUUGUCAACUCACUCAUGCUUAUUGGCUCCCUGUACAUCUGGCGGAGUAUAGUGAGCAACCUCUGCCCCUUUCCCAGUGGGGAGUCCACCUGCUUCCAGCUUUGGAAGCUGGUUGUGGUGUUGUUUCUGGGCCUGGCACAUUCCAGUUUCUUCACCAUGAUCUUCUUAGUGGCUGAGGAGCCGUAUCUCCUUUCCUUGGCAGCCUACUCCUGCCUGGGUGCAUAUAUCAUCAUGCUCUUCUUCCUCUGUAUCCUCAGUGGCAUGGAGCAGGCCUACCAGCUCUUGGCCUGGCGCAGUGGUAGGGUUGUGGGCAGCCUUGAGAAGACAAGGAAGCUGGUGCUCAGGCCUGUGCUGGCAGUCGUUGUGACCGCUCUGCUCAGUGUGGUUGGGUUUCUGAAUGCUGCUCAGCCCCCAGCCGUGAAAACCGUGGAGGUGCCCAUUCAGCAGCUACCCUCCUCUAUGAACAACCUCAAGAUUGUGCUCCUCUCAGACAUUCAUUUGGGACCCACAGUGGGCAGGACCAAGAUGGAGAUGUUUGUGAGGAUGGUGAAUGCCCUGGGACCAGACAUCACAGUGAUUGUGGGUGACCUGUCUGAUUCAGAAGCCUCAGUCCUGCGCACGGCUGUCGCUCCUUUGGGCCAGCUUCGUUCUCGACUCGGCACUUACUUUGUCACCGGCAAUCACGAAUACUACACAUCAGACGUCAGCAACUGGUUUGCACUAUUGGAAUCUCUACAUGUCCGGCCUCUUCACAAUGACAAUGUGAAGAUUUCUGCCACCCUGACCCAGCACGGGGGUGGGCAAGAACAAGACUGGGUCUGCUUGGCAGGGGUCGAUGAUAUCGAAGCAGACAUUCUUCACUAUUCUGGUCAUGGCAUGGAUCUUGCCAAAGCCCUGGGGGGCUGUAGCCCAGACCACACCACUAUCUUGUUAGCUCACCAGCCCCUGGCUGCCAAGAGAGCCCUCCAGGAACGCCCAGAUAUUAAUCUGAUCCUUUCGGGGCACACACAUGCUGGGCAGAUUUUCCCUUUGAAUGUGGCAGUGUAUCUCCUGAACCCCUUUUUUGCUGGGCUCUACCAAGUGGCCCAAGAAACAUUUGUAUAUGUCAGCCCAGGCACGGCCUACUAUGGGAUACCCAUGAGGCUGGGCAGCAGGGCAGAAAUCACAGAGCUUAUUCUGCAGCGGGCACACUGAGUGCUCCUGCCCUUGCCCUUCAUCUCCCAGCCUGGUCCUUAAGAGUUGUAUGCCUGCUUUGCCCCUAUAUCCUCUCCUGCCAGCCCUGCCUGGGUCCCCUUCUCCACACUGCCACAGACAAUGGUUUUAUGAUGGCGUUGCCUGGCAUUUCUGGCUGGUUUAACUCUAGGUGGUCAAUGCUUUUGAGGUGCAUUAAGCUCAUAUAAAGGAGGCCCCAAUUCUGUUUCCCAGUAGGAGUGGCAUGAGGCCUUCCUACCAGUGUGUACAGUGGUGACCCACAACAUGGGGGCUUAGAAAGAGCAGGGUUGGGAAGGGGCAGGAGACUUUUUCUACUGGGGUAGUUUCUAGAAUCAUUGGUCCAAUCAUUCUGGGUGUGGAGUGAGGCUGCUAGGUGAUACUGGAAAACAAGCAGAUGAGGAAUGCUGGCUGGGGAAGGAAGUAUUUACCUUCUUGGUUCUGUCAGAAUCAUCUUUGUUGAAUGAAGGCAUUUGUGAAUCCUACUGAAACCACAGCAUGAUCGUUUUUAACUUGAGUGAUACUGUCUAACUGCCUGCCGCUGACUUGGACUGAGCUGGGGUAGGUGGAAAGAAACUAUGAGUAUGGUGGCUAGUGAUCAGCUCCUGCCUACAACCUCAGUGGGGUUUGCUCCCUGGGUGCAUCUUGUUUAAUCCUUGGGUGAGGUAACUAGGAAAGGCUGCUUCCUAUUGAGAGAAGGGGAAACUGAAAAGAAUGACAGGGCACUACCAAAUGACAAGGUGUGCUAAGAAGGCUGAGUAUGUAGCCUAGCAUGGGCAAGAUACUACCAAAAGAAAAAG